AUGGAGUCAGAAAAGAAAAAAACAUUCCAAAUCAAAGCUAAGGUACCGUGUGUGAAGAAGUUCAUUGCAUUCAGAGAUGGGUUGACUAACAUCCGUCGAUACGCAUUCACACUCAAAUAUGGGAAGAUUCUACAGUUGUUGUCAGUACCAGUACAAAAGGAUGCUAUUACCGCACUAGCCCAGUUUUAUGAUCCAUCACUCAGAAGUUUCCUCUUUAAAGAUUUCCAGUUGGCCCCGACUUUGGAAGAAUUUGGAAGAAUAUUGGACUCUCCUAAGCAGAAGAAGGGACCAUACAAGGGGUUAGGUCAAAUCCCUGAACCCGAAGAGUUGGCAGAAGUAUUAAGCAUCCCAGUCAAAGAUCUAACCCCUAACAUCAAAAUUUGGGGAAAGGUACAGGGAAUUCCACAAGAGUACCUGGAGAAAACUGCUCAAGGCUUUGCUGAAGCCCAGAAGUGGGAAGCCCAUGAUACUAUUAUGGCUUUACUUAUUUUUGGAUUAGUGUUAUUUCCUAACAUGGAGAAGUUAGUUGAUGUAGCAGCUAUUAGCGUGUUUUGGGCCGUCAAGGUUAAGAACGAAGAUCCAGUUGAUACAAUUGAAAGUAUGGAUGGAUAUGAGUGGUCUCAAAAGUUAGUAGGACUCACUGAAAAUACCAUUAUUUGGUAUCCUUAUGGCUUGAAUGUGGGAGAUACAAUUACUAGUUAUGGAGAGUUUCCGAAUGUACCAUUAAUAGGGUCAAAAGGGUGCAUUAACUACAAUCCUGUUUUAGCAGUAAGGCAGUUGGGUUAUCCUAUCACAUACAAACCAGGUGACCAGUUGUUAGAAGGUUUUGUGUUCCAUGAUAUGGAGGAUCCCGUUAUGCUGAGAAGGGUUAUCCGAGCCUGGGAGAAAGUUCACUUCAGAGGACAAGACAAAGGAAAGGGUGUUAUAGGGGAUAGAGAACCAUAUCAUCAAUGGGUCACCAGAAGAAGUCAAGAGAUCAAACUGCCAUUCAUCCUCGAUCCUCCAACUCAACCUCCACCACCAGAACCCAUCCCUGUCUCCAUGGAAGAAGUGGAAGCAUUGAGAGCUACUAUAGCAAGACUUGGACGAAAAAAUGAAGAGCUACAGGCCAGCUUCCAGCAAGUUUCAAAUGAAAGAAAUGAGAUAAAGUGGGAACUAGAGAGGAAGAAGGCCCAACUUGAAGCGACUGAGGAAAAGGUCGAUAAGGAAGAACAUAAGAGAAAGAAAGUGAAAAUAAGCAUGGAACAAGCUGACCACUGCCUAGAAACCAUUAAAGAGCAGUUGAGACAAGUUGAGAAAGAAUGCCAAAAGAAUAAGCGAUGGUGGCUACGAGCUACAUAA